AUGGCAGGCCUCGCGUCAGCAUCGGUGUCCUUCGAGGAAAAAAUUGCUCAGGUCUACGACGUGGCUCCUAAGGUGCGCAUCGCAGGCAGCGGCUUCGACGAGCUCGACGCCGCCUCCCUCAAGCUGUCCUUCGCGCCGAAGCUGAAGGAGGGCGAGGACUACAAGGUGGACAUCCAGAGCUCCACCGUCAUGGUGCUCAACCUCCAGUCCGGCAAGAAGUGGAUGUCCCUGGACGAUGGCGCAUCUCCCACGGGACUCUACCUCUCCUCCGCAAAGGUUGGCGACCUCGGCCUGCUCGAAGACUCGGUGCAGAUCGCCACCAUCGUGCCCUCCCCCACCGUGGAAGCCUCCUCCAAGCCAAUCUACAUGCAGACCACCCCCAAGCUCAUCGUCAACGGAACGAACUUCAACACCAAGAUCACGGAGCUGUACUUCGACCCCCCUCUGCAGGAGGGCGUCGUCAUCCAGAAGAAGGUCUUGUCGCCAACCCAGAUCUCCAUCACCAAGAACUUCAAGUAUGACAACCCUUACGUCUGGGCCGACGAGCCCGGACCGCUCAAGAUCGUGGCGAUCAACACGGGCGGCGGUCGACUCUCUCUCAACUCUGACGACGGGGGCAUUGUGAUCGCCGAGGUGCAAGCGGACCUUGACCACCAUGGCGUGACCGUGCAGGGCCACGAGAGCCUGGACCUAUACCAGUCGAGCAAGAGCUUCCAGAUUUCGGGAAGCGGGUUCGUUGACGGCACCAAGGUGCGUUUCGCCAACGCUCUCAGGGGUGGAGGGACCAACUUCACCAUCACCGACUCGCAGCCCGAACUGCUCACUCUCGAGCUGGCGGAGGGGAGCAAGUGGCGCAAGAACCCUAGCGCCCUGCCCGGAGCCCUCGUGCUGCUGGCCGCCGAUUCGGGCGACGGCUGGGUGCCUCUCGGUCCCACCCAAGCCAAGGCCGGGUCUAAGGUUGCCACAGUGUUCGAGGACCCCAGCGUGGAGGCUUCCGACGUCGAGAUCUACCGCACCCACACGCACGAGCUGCAGAUCAGGGGCACCGGGUUCAACAAGGUUGUACGCCCCGUCCUCGAUUUCGAACCUGCGCUCGACUCCACCAGCGUCUACGUAGAGGUGGUCAACCGCACGAUGAUCACGCUGAGUCUGUCCACCACCUCUUCUCAGUGGACCGCUGAUGAGAACGUCGGCGACCUGACCAUCAAGGGAUUGGACACUGGCGCCGGGAUGGUGACGUUCGACUCCCCGGUGACGGUGGCGAAGGUUGUCUCGGACUCGGACGUGCACGAGAGCGGUGUGCAGGUCUACCCGUCCUACGGCCAGCCCAAGUACCAGUCCUCCAAGCAGCCGCUCCAGAUCCUAGGCACUGGUUUCAAGGGCGAGCCAGUGCUCAACUUUGACCCGCCCAUCUGGGCCCCCGACAACUACACGGUUACCGUGGUGUCCGAGACCGAGCUCAAGCUCGACCUCGCGGACGGUUCCCUGUGGAGCAAGUACGGGGGUACUCUGAUGGUGAAGGGCAUCAACGUCGGCGAUGGCGAGAUCGAGCUCGGCGGUGGUAAGGGCGUGAAGGUCGCCACCAUCCUCGAAGAUCCCACCAUUACCGAAGGCGAGAUGCACAUCUACACCACCCACACCAAGCACUUCCCCGUCCACGGAACCGGCUUCCAGUCCGUCCUGGACCCCAGCAGGCCGCCUACCAUCGUCAUCGACGGCAUCUCUUCCUCCAACUACAAGAUCCAGGACAACUGGCGUGACAACGUGAUGACCCUGUCGCUUCUGGAAGGCGCCUGGGCCACCGUACCGGAGGGCGAGGUCACCCCCAUCAAGAUCAUGUCCAUCGACACAGGGGCUGGAACUGUGUCCCUCCCGUCAGGCGUACAGAUCGCUAACGUACGUGAGGACAGCUCCACCAACUUGUGCGAGGACAGCUGUUCCUUCGCGGCAGACGGCCAGUGCGACGAGCCCGGAGUGGCGUUCGGCACCUCUAGCAGCUACGGGGGCUCUUACAUGGGCAGCUACUACUCUGACAUGCUCAACUACAACCCGUACGGCCUUGGCUGGGGCUACGACGACGAUGCCAACAGCUUCCUCGGCACCAACGACUACAGCGGCAUGUACCGUUACGCCGGAUACGAUACCACGUACCAGUACUACGGAAUGACCUUGGACGAUGACGGUUUCUUCAACGGAAUGUCUCCCUGCGACGUGGGCACCGACUGCACUGACUGCGGAGUGAAGUUCGUGGAUGACGGGACUUGCACCAACACAUGCCAGCACGCGAGAGACGGAUACUGCGACGACCCCCGUGCCUCCGGCGUAUGCCCCUCAGGAACGGACUGCCAAGACUGCGGCCCCUGGGGGGACGGCAACUCGAACUUCACGUUGACAACGUUCUACCAAUCGAGCUCGUGGUUUGACGAUGACGAUUGGGAGAUGCUCUGGAAUGACGACGGAGUCUUGUACGGACAGGAGAUGAACGCACAGGCCCCGUACAAGAGAGACUGGAAUGACCACGAAGUUCUCCACAAGGAGGCCCCCGGCGCGGGAACAAUUUUUGUGGACGUGCUUUGGGCGAUGGUGGUGCUGGUGGGCUGUUCGAUGUCCCUCGGGGGGUGCAUGGUUGCGUACCGGCACUUCAAGGCGGGGGGCGGGGGCGCGCCCAUGUACCUCCCUGUUCAGGCAGCGGAGGAGGUGGAGUUGUCGAGGCGUGCGGGGGGAGCCGAGCAAACUCCCGAUGUGGUUCGCAUUGGGUAGAGUGAUUUCGUUGCCUGGAUCGGCAUGAACAUGAUAGGGCAGGACACGCGCAGUCCCAGCAGGAGCAGGAGCAGAGGGGGGGUUAGUUGCAUCUGUGUGACGAAUCGUUUUUUCGAAACGAGAGUCGUUCUUAAGCCCAGGAGUUGCGACGAGAAUGAUGCGAACGUCGAGAAAGGAGUCGCAGUGACUGCUGGACACCGGCCUGCAAGCCUUGUUCGAAGCGAGCUGGGGGGGGGGAAACGGGGGGGGGGAGGGGCACCCCGCCCGGUGUGUGAAUGCCGUUCCCUUCGGAAACCUGGUGCCUUGAUUGGUUGUGGGCUGUCUGUCUGAGAGGCUUCCAAGCGUGUGCUCUGAGAAUAUUGCUACUGAGCAGCGUGGUGGUUGGUCCGUAGCGUGGGAUGCUUUUUUGGCUUGGUCAUUUUUUGCCUUGGAAAAGCUGCUCGCAACGUAUUGUUGCUGCUGCUGUGACCGUCCCCGGUGAAUACGGUCCACCUCCGGGGAACAAUCGGUCUUGGUCAGAAGCUCGGACGCCCUCAAAGUCGUUUACGCUGCCAACGAUGGCUUGGUCUGUCUGUCCCUCCCCGUUGGUCGCCGUGGAAAUCCUUGGCCGCAUGUUUCUCCCUGCUUGCUUUCUGUAGCUUAUCUUGUAUUUUGGUCUUCGUCGCGUCUCUUGUUCCGGACGGUUUGGUUGGCUGGUGAGUUCCUAGCGCUCAGUCCCGUCAUGGUUGAUGCCCUGCGACAGCGCGUGUAGGUUUUUUGCCGGGAGCUCCUAACGUUACCGACGUUUAUAUAUCAGGUCGCUUGCUCCCGUGCGUGUGCUGUCAGUGCUUCGGUGUGCUGCUUGGUGUAUUUUGGAGUUCACAAUGAAAAACCCUGCUGCACGUUGAAAAUGUGCGGGAAAAGGCAGUUACUACUCUUACGAAAUUAUGGUGGAAGAACUGAGUCCUAGAACAAGUCAUUUAAAGCUGUGCAGCUGCCUUGGGGGGAACAAAGGGUGGACGAGACGAGCACCGCUAAGAAGUUUUUGGAUUGAUUUGUCGAAUAGUUGCGAGGCGUUUUGCUGGUCGGUGAUGGUUUCGGCGACGCGUCGUACAUCAGUUGACCAACCGUGCCAGCGAGCUAUAAACGAACGUACGCGCCGCCCUCCCAGGAUUACCUUGCUUGUCCCGGGAUUAGUGUGCGCGCGUGCGAGUGUUGUGUGUCUUUUAUUUCUAGCGCCGACCGCGCUUACCGUCUGACCAAUGAACAUACAAUAUAUAU